UUCAAGGGAGGCGCCCUCCGUCUGUUGCAGACCGCUCUCUAUUUCCUCUGUUUCUGCUGCGCUGGUGCCAUCGUCGGCAUCUUCAGUUACUUCCUUGCCGUCCUUGCAGACCACAACCUCGACAUCCCCACAAGAUGGAAGGCCGUUGAAGGUCUCUCUGGUGUCAUGACACUGUACACUAUCUGCACCGUUCUUUUGACCUGCUGCUUGGCCGGUAUCGCCUUCCUUUCCAUCCUUGGUCUGAUCAUCGACCUUCUCUGCAUGGGUAGCAUGAUUGCUAUUGCUGUCUUGACCCGCGAGGGCUCCAACAGCUGCAAGAACUAUGUCAGAACUCCUCUUGGUAACGGCCCUGCCAACAACGCAAUCGCCUACACUCAGGGCAGCCACCACUUCGCUCCUCACCUCGGCACUGCUUGCAAGCUCAACAAGGCUGUCUUUUCUCUUUCCAUUGCCGGAGCUGUUUUCUUCCUGUUCACCGCUCUGAUGCAGCUCGCUCUUAUGCGCCACCACAAGAAGGAGAAGAGAUACGGUCCCAGCCCCUCCAACGACUACACUUCUGGCAGCGCUCCCGCCCGCGGUCUCUUCGUCAGAAAGCCUAGAAAUGUUCCUGCUGAGGAUUACGUCGAGAAGGGUGUCGUUCCCGCCGCCCCCGUCGCUGGCCAGACUGUUCGUCCUUCUCACGACACUGCCUACUCUGGUAACACUGCUGUCGGUCCCAAC